AUGAGCUCCGGCUCUUCCUCGGGCAGCGGCGGCGGUCUGCUGGCCGGCCUGCAGGCGGCAGAGGCAGCGUGGGCCGUGUGGCCCGGCGGUGCCCUCCUCUCGCAGUGGCUCGGCAAGCCCACCCUUGGCGAUGGCUGGGGCGGGCUGCUGUGGCGUGUGGCGUUGGUCGUGGCGGCCGCCGCAGCCGGCGAGGCGCUCCGCGUUGUCGUGCAGAGCGCCGGCGAGCGCAUGUGGGAGCGUAUCACAGAGCUCACCACAACCACCGCCACGCUGGACAGCGACGACGAAGCGUACAGGUGGCUGCUCCUGUGGCUGGCCGACCACCCGUCGUUCAAGACGUCGCACUCCUACCAGGUCACCUCGUCCAUGCACAAGUACGCCCGCUCGGUCGCGGGCGAGGAGGAGGAGGAGAACGGCAACGGUGUGUGGUUCACCCCGGGCUCGGGCUCGCACUGGUUCCGCUUCAGAAACAAAUACGUCCUUCUCCGUCGCACGAGCUCAGGUUCGCGCUACUCGAACGAGGGCAUUCGCGGAACCGAUCGAAUCAGCAUCAUGAUGCUGGGCAAGGCGACGGCGCGCAGCCAGAUCAGCAGCCUCAUCGAAGAGGCGCGGCUGACGGCAGCGAAUAAGGACAAAUCGCGCACGGUCGUGUACGUGGGCGACCAGUACGGCAACUGGGCGCGCUCGACGGCGCGCAGCAUCCGUCCGCUCUCCAGCGUCAUCCUGGAGGAGGGCGUCGAGGAGAAGCUGGUUCGCGACGCCAAGGACUUCCUGCGGAGCGCCAAGUGGUACUCCGACCGCGGCAUUCCGUACCGCAGGGGCUAUCUCCUUCACGGCAAACCUGGAUGUGGUAAGACUUCGUUUAUCACCGCUCUGGCCGGCGAAGUGCGCAUGAACAUCUACGUCAUCAACCUUGCCAGCAAAGCGCUCAAUGACGAGGUGUUGGCCGAGCUCAUGCGCGGCGUUCCCUACCGGGGUAUUGUGCUGUUCGAGGACAUCGACGCCGCCUUCGUGCCCAACGGCCCGGGCGACGGCAGCGAAAGCGACAGCGAGGACGAGGGCCGAGGCCGAGCCAGAGAGAACCUCGGCAACGGGGUCACCUUCAGCGGUCUCCUCAACGUCUUGGAUGGUGUUGCGUCGGCGGAGGGCCGUGUGGUGUUCUUCACCACCAACCACUUCUCGCGCCUGUCGAAGGCCCUGAUCCGACCCGGCCGGGUGGACGUGAUCGUCAAGGUGGGCCUCGCCACCGUCACGCAGGCGCGUCGCAUGUUCCACCGAUUCUACGAGGAGCUCGACGAGGCCGAGGCCCUGGCCGAUCGGUUCGCCGCGAGCUUCCUCCCCGACUCGGUGUCCAUGGCCCAGCUGCAGGCCUACCUCAUGAACUACAAGGAGGACCCACACGGCGCGCUCCGCGAUGCGCCCACGCUACUCUUUCCCGCGACCACCGCCAAGGCCGCACCAGAGCUUUCCCAACUCGACUUGGGCCUUGUGGCGCUACGCGAAUCGAGAAUCAAUCAAAAGAAGACAACAGAAGAGGAAGACCUGAAGAUGGAAGACAAGUACAGGAGGGAAGUGGUGCCGCAGGGUUCGCGUAACGUGCAGCCGUACCCGUGGCUCGAGGUCACUACGCUGCCUCGAUUGCCGAUCCCAACGAUCGAGGAGACGGCACGUCGGUACGACGAGUACCUCCAGCCACUGCUCGCCGAGGCCAGCCCCGCCGAUCUGGCCCGCACGCGUCGAUUCGUGGCCGAUUUUGUGAAACACGAUGCCGCAGGGCUGCAGGCCGAUCUGCACAACCUCGCCCGCGUGUCGCCCACGAGCUGGCUCGAGGGCUGGUGGGACACUGGCUACCUCGAGUUCCGAGUGCCCUCCUUCAUCAACGUCAACCCCUUCUUCGUGUUCAAGGCCGACCCCGCCAACCCUGCUCAGACUGCACGAGCGGCGCAGAUCGUGGGCAGUGCAGUGCGCUUCUACAAGAAGGUGGCCACCAAGGGUGGGCUCACGCCCGACCUCGAGCGUAAGACGCCGCUGUGCAUGACCCAGUACGGCCGCGUGUUCGCCACCGCCCGCAUCCCGCUCCCCGGCCGCGACGCCGUCUACUCGUGGACCGGCGUGCGCCACAUCGUCGUACUCCGCAAGCGCCAGUUCUUCACGCUUGACGUGCUGACGUCAGCCGGCGAGGCCGUGGCGGAGUCCCACAUCCACGCGCAGCUGGACGCGGUCGUGCGCGAGGCCGACCGGCCCGGCACCCACCAGUCAUUCCCCAUCGGCGCCCUCACCGCCGAGGACCGCGACGCGUGGAGCGCCGCCCGCGCCGAACUGGUGCGCGCGCACCCGAUCAACGUCGCGUCGCUCGAGGUGGUCGACCGCGCCCUGUUCGUGCUGGUGCUCGAGGACGAGGCGCCGGCCGACCUCGACGCCACCGCGCGCCUGUUCCUCCACGGCGACGUGCGCAAUAGGUGGUUCGACAAGCUGCAGUUCCUGGUGUGCGCCAACGGCGUGGCGGGCGUCAACAUGGAGCACUCGCCCAUCGACGGACACACCAUCCUGCGCCUGCUCACCGAGAUCCACAACGAGGUGCUCGCCCGCAACGGCACCAUUCUCACCGAGGGUCCCACCGCCCCGGCACCCAGACGUCUGGAAUGGAUCGUGCCCGCCAGCUCGCCGGUGGCCGAUGCCCUGGAGGCUGCCAAGGUGCACGCUGGCGAGUUGAUCGCCAAGACGGACACGUCGGUGCUCAUUUUCAAGGACUUUGGUCAGAAGAGGAUUGUCGAGCGCAAGGUCAGCCCUGACGGGUUCGUGCAGAUGGCCUACCAGCUGGCCUACUACAAGCUGUACAAGAAGACCGCUUCCACCUACGAGUCCGUGCAGAUGAAGCAGUACUAUCACGGCCGCACCGAGUGCCUCCGCUCCGUCACCAACGAGUCCGUCCACUUCACCAAGACCUUCACGUGCCCGAAGGCCGACAAUGCGAAGAAGGAAGCGGCGCUCCGACAGGCGAUCGAGGCCCACGGACGACGAGCCAAGGAGUGCAAGGAGGGCAGGGGCGUGGACAGGCACUGGCUGGGCCUCAAGUCCAUCGCCCGGCACAAGGAGCAGUGGUACCCGGGCUUCGUCAUGCCCGAAAUGUUCUCCGAUCCGUCGUACUCGAAGCUGUUCGGGUCGGUGCUGUCGACUUCCAACUGCGGCACGCGGGCGCUUGAUCUCUUCGGCUUCGGUCCGGUCAUGGACGACGGCUUUGGUCUGGGCUACAUGAUCCACCCCGAGGCGAUCCACAUCUGCGUGUCCAACUUCCACGGACAGGCUGCCGCGUUUGCCGCCGCUCUCCGGGAGUCGCUGGUGCAGAUGCUCGCCAUCCUCUCCACCUCCACCCCCGCCCAGGCCCGCCUCUAG